CGGAUUGCAGAAAAAGAGGCGCACCAGAUUACUGCUCAUAGCGGAAGGUAGGCUUGCUCUUUGUUUGAGAAUCCCUGAUUAAUCAACAACAGCAUCAACACAGAGGGAGAGAGAGCCUGCCUGUAGUGACGGGGAGAGCCUGACAGAGACUGUUUCAAACCUUCAGUGUCUAGGUGGCAAUGCCAGAGAGGAGAGAGCAUCUUUUUCUGCUGCAAGAAGCCAUUUGGAUAGGAUGUUUUCUAUCCCAUCUUUUCCUUUCUUUUGGUCUCCACAACAUCCACUCCAAUGAGGCACCUUAGCCACCUCUCUGUCGUUGCAUAUGUUGGUGCUGUAAUCUUCUGUGUGGUGAAGUGGGCAAAAAUCCCUCCAAUUUCCUUUCUGUUGGACUUCAGAGCAGGGUACCAUUGGUGCCCCCUUGAAACCUUCACAGUCUUUUCUCUCAAUGUGGAUUUAAGAUGCCAGAUCCCAUCUUUUCCCUCCACUGCAUUUUUUAAACUUUAAAAAUGCUAUUUUAGUUCUGUACCGAGAAGAUCUCUUUUCUUUUCUUUUUAAUGCCACACGCUGACUUCUAGAGAUGCAGAAUGCUACAGUCUGGACAUCUUUGCCAAGAAGAUCUCAAGCACUUUAAUUGAAGAUAAACUGAGCCAAUCUGCAAAAUCUGUUUUUUAUGGUGCUGAAAUAUCCCUUCAGACUGCACUGAGAUAAACCACAGCAAAGGGCUUUUACAGACAAAAGUCACCUUUAAUUAUUGCACUUAGCAGUCCCCUGAGGACUUUAAUCUCGGAAGUAUUUUCCUUCAUUUAUUAUCUCCCACAAGAUGAUGACUUCUAAUCAGGAGGAGGUCACUUUGGGCACUUUUCUCCAGUAUAUUGAAGAUAUGGGCAUGAAAGCCUAUGAUGGCUUGGUUAUACAGAAUGCAUCUGACAUUGCUCGAGAAAAUGAUCGCAUGAGGAAUGAAAUGAACCUGGCUUACUUGAAAGAAAAGAAUGAAAAGCGUCGGAAACAAGAAGAAGCAAUAAAACGCUUAGGUGGUGAAGUUGUGAGAGGAAAUGAAGGAAGCUACGUUGGCAAGCAUUUCCGCAUGGGAUUUAUGACAAUGCCUGCCCCUCAGGACAGACUGCCACAUCCUUGUUCUAGUGGUUUUGCCGUGAGAUCCCAGUCGCUUCAUUCUGUUGGAGGUACCGAUGAUGAAAGCAGUAGCUGCUCUCGCAAGCAACCACCACCAAAACCUAAACGAGAUCCCAAUACCAAGCUAAGCACAUCCUCUGAAACAGUAAAUGCUGGAACAACUAAGAGUGCAAAGCUGCCAGACCGGACUGAAGUGUCAGCGAAACCAAGGCCUCAUAGUGAUGAAUACUCAAAGAAGGUUCCUCCUCCUAAGCCAAAACGGAACCCGAACACUCAGCUAAGUGCAUCUUUUGAUGAGACAUACAUAAAAAAACAUGGCCCCACAAGGUCAACCCUAAGUAGGGAUGCCUCCUUAUCACUGGUCAGCAGUCCUGCUCCAGAUACUGAGGAAGAAGAGCCAGUUUAUAUUGAAAUGGUUGGAAAUAUACUUAGAGACUUCAAAAAAGAUGAGGAGGAUCAAAGUGAGGCAGUAUAUGAGGAAAUGAAAUACCCCAUCUUUGAUGAUGGAGGCCAAGAUUCAAAAUGUCCAUGUGAGUAUGACCAUCACAGCUGUUCUUCCCAGUGUGCUACUCCCACAGUGCCUGACCUUGAUUUCACCAAGUCCUCAGUGCCAUCUACUCCCAAGGGUGUGCUUUGUGAUAUACCCCCACCAUUUCCAAAUUUGCUUUCUCAUAGACCUCCACUCCUGGUAUUCCCACCUGCACCAGUGCAAUGCUCCCCAAAUUCUGAUGAAUCUCCUUUAACACCACUGGAAGUCACAAAGCUUCCUGUGUUAGAAAAUGUGUCUUAUAUCAAGCAGCAAGCUGGAGCUUCUCCAUCUUCACUACCACCUCAUACUCCAAGUCAUCAAAAACUAGAAAAAGACCAGACGGCACCUCAUGGAACUAGUACUCCAGGACACUCCUCUUCACCUCCACAUCCUUCUACCUUAUACAGAACACAGUCUCCACAUGGCUAUCCUAAAAGCCACUCAGCCUCUCCCUCUCCUGUGAAUAUGGGUCGGUCACUUACCCCCUUAAGUCUCAAAAGACCUCCUCCUUAUGAUUCUGUACAUUCAGGAAGUCUCUCAAGAAGUUCUCCAUCAGUGCCUCAUUCUACAGCCAGAAGCAUAUUGCAAGAAGGAGGGAAAAUGGUAAAUGCCUCUGUCAAUACCUACGGGUCAUCGUCACAAAGCAGUUCCCGUUCUAGAACACCUACCAGUCCUCUAGAGGAAUUAACCAGCCUUUUUACCUCAGGACGAAGUUUACUGAGGAAAUCCUCCAGUGGAAGAAGAUCUAAAGAGCCUGCAGAGAAACCGUUAGAUGAACUGAAGAUCAGGAGCCACAGCACUGAGCCACUACCAAAGCUGGAAAAUAAAGAGAGAGGAGGUCACUAUGGGACAUCUUCCUCCAGAGAGUCAAUAAAAGCUCAGGAAUGGGAUGGGACACCAGGACCACCACUUGCAUCUAGCAGACUUGGAAGGUCUUCUGUUAGUCCAACCAUGUUGGCAGGAAAUAAUAGCUCAGUGCUACUCCUGUGCUGGUCCCAGAACACCAGAGACAAAAUAGAGUCAAAAGCAAGCUGCAGGUUAGGGCGAUCUGCAUCCACAUCAGGUGUGCCUCCUCCCUCCGUUACUCCUCUCAGGCAAGCCAGCGAUCUGCAACCAAGCCAGGUGACAUGUAUGCAGUGGUUGCAUGGAGACCAUACAAUGCUGGAAAUGAUUGAGAAAAAACGUUGUCUGUGCAAAGAAAUCAAGGCGCGACAGAAAUCAGAGAAAGGACUGUGCAAACAGGACAGCAUGCCUAUCCUGCCAAGUUGGAAGAAGAACACAGGGUCCAAGAAGUACAGCCCCCCUCCAUAUUCCAAGCAACAAACAGUUUUCUGGGACACUGCAAUAUGA